AAUCACAGGGACAGCAAAACAUUAGCCGUAUCCUAGUGCUUACCCGAUAAAUACCCCCCAUUGGCUCCCACCCGGCACCGCUUUCCCAACUCGAUUAUAAUAUUCUUUCCCCUUUCCCCUUUGCCCUUUCUCGCUUCGCCUUUUUUUUCCUCUCUCUCUCUCUCUCUCUCUCUCUCUCUCUCUCUCUCUCUCUCUCCCUCUCCAUUUUAGGUCGUCGUCUUCGGUCCGAUCACCUCCGCCAUGAACUUUGACUCCUACCAAUUCGACUUCGGCGUCGGCUCCGGCCGCUCCUCAACCUCCUCCCGCCCCCUCCGAGACCAGAAGCCCAACCCUUCCCCUUCCCCCUCCACCACCACCCCCUCCUCGCCAUGGACGCACCAACCCUCCAAACCCUCGUCGCCAUGGACCCCCCAACCCCCUUCCAAACCCUCGUGGACUCACCAACCAGCGAAACCCCCCUCCUCCUCGUCGUCGUCGUCCUCCUCCUCCUCCCUCGGAACCGGUCUCUCCAACCCACCCGCCUCGAUGGUCGGGGACAUCUUCGGCAAGAGCUGGGGCGCCGCCUCCGCCGCUCCCCCUUCGUCUUCUUCCUCUCGCCUCGGCAUCCGCGAAUCAAACCCUAACCUCUUCAGCGACCUCCUCGGCUCCGCCCUCGGCCCCGGCCGCUCCUCAUCCGCCUCCAAUGUCCCCCUCAAAUCCGCCGUCCCAGCGGCCGCCCCCAAAUCCACCUUCUCCAUGGGCAAUCUCUCCGAUUCCCUCCCCAGAUCCACUGCUCCCCCCUCCUCUAAUCCCAUUAACAACGCUCCUACGAGACCUGCGGCGGGAUCUGGUAAUAAUCUCGGAAGCGGCACCAAGAUCGGGAAUUCGGCAGGGCUCAGUGGGCCACCGUUGAACCAGAAAAAGGAUCCCUUUGUGUCGUUGAUGGACUUUGGAUCGAAACCAGCUUCGAAAUCGAAUACGCCACCACCUGUUCGGGCUAGUUCCCCUGACAGCGACUACUCUUUUGGGGCAUUUCAGAAUGCUGCAUCAGCGAAAGCGGAUUCGUUUUAUGCUCCACCGCCGACUCAUCAGCCUGCACCUGCUCCUGCACCAGCUCCGGCAAAAUCUGGAUCAGAUCCAUUAGACAUGUUCUUCUCUUCAUCUUCCAAUCCUUCUGGAGCAUCUCCGGAGGCCACCGGAAGCUUCCCAGAGGCGAAUGAUUGGGACUUGGGGGCAGAAUUCGCAGCCCACGAUGAUGGCGGGACCACAACGGAGCUUGAAGGGCUCCCGCCGCCUCCAUCAGGUGUUUCGGCUUCAGCCGCCAAAGCCAAAGGGAUGGAUAAUUAUAAGCAGGGGCAGUAUGCUGAUGCUAUAAAAUGGCUAACUUGGGCUGUUGUGCUCUUAGAGAAAUCCAGCGACAGUGUUUCCAUUACUGAGGUUUUGUCCUGCAGGGCUUCUUCUUACAAGGAAGUUGGCGAAUAUAAGAAGGCAAUUGCUGACUGUUCAAAGGUGUUGGAACAAGAUAGUGAGAAUGUGUCAGUGCUAUUACAGCGUGCUCUUCUUUAUGAGAGCUCUGAGAAGUACAGGCUUGGCGCUGAGGAUCUGAGGAUGGUUUUGAAGAUUGAUCCGGGUAAUAGACUUGCAAGAAGUACCAUUCACCGUUUGAAUAAAUUGGCUGAUUAAAGAUCGAUGUUGCUAUUUCUCGCCUGGUUCAUUGCUUUCUUUGUCUCAAACGUAGACUUGAUGAACCCCUUCAAUUUGCAUUUAUUAUUGGUUAUAUGAGUUGGGGAAUAAUUAUAGUUCUUAGAGGGAAAUACCUUCUUAUGCUCUAUAUAAAAUUUGAACUUAUUCUUUUACAUGUAUGGUUCCACGCUGUUGUAUCAAACUUUUCUCUUAUUGAUGUAAUGACUGUGCUGCAAUUUGGUUUCUGUUCGGAAA